GCAGAGGAAGGCAGCUGAACCUCACGCACGAGAACACACACUGCAACAGCGAGUCAACUAGCGAUAUGGUCAGGGGAUCAACCGUCAGUGGCUUGGGAAAUCCACACCUAACCACCAGAUGAGGAUGUUAAGAUGCCAGUCCACAGACUCACUCCCAUCCUGCUGUGCUUGUUACCCAUGUUGGGAAUCCUGACGCCGGGCUCGAGUCAUCCACAGCACAGCCGAUGCCAGCUGAUACAAAGAACGGCUCUCUGCAACAAUGGCAAGCUUUCCUUUGUGCCUGCAGGACUGCCAGACAGCCUAGAGGAGCUUCAGCUCAACUACAAUCACAUUCAAACACUACAGAACAGCUCUCUCCGUUACCCUGCACUAACCACCCUGAGCUUAGCAUGUAAUAGUUUGGAGAAGUUAGAACCAAACACUUUUCAAGACUCAAAGUUGAUAGAAAGCCUUAAUUUAGCAAAUAACAAUCUUCAUAUUGGCUACCAAGAAACCAGCCUCGCGCUCAGGACUCUGCCCAGGCUCAGAGCUCUGGAUCUCUCUGAGAAUGAGCUCACUGACGAAAUGGCCGCCACUCUCCUCCAAAAUCUGACCUCCCUGGAGUACCUUAAUCUUUCUGGAAACUUCUUGAUGAGACUAGAUGAGACGUCGUUCAGGGAUCUUCACCAACUCAAAGAGCUCGACCUACAGAGAAACAGCAUGUAUGAGAUCGAUGGUGCCUUCGACAGCAACCCCAAGCUCCAGAGACUAAACUUGGCCUUCAACUCUCUGCUUUGCCUAAUAGACUUCCACAUGGCCCAGCUUGUGGUCCUCAACGCCAGCCACAACUACAUUGAGUGGUUCAUCUCCAGGCCAGACCUUAACGACACUUUCCAGCUAGAGACACUUGAUCUAUCACAUAACAAACUGCUUUUCUUCCCUUUCCUGCCUAAUGACAACCACUUGCGCAAUCUUUACCUAUCCCACAACAGCAUUAGGUUUUACGAACACUUGGCAGACAAUAACACAUACCCGAACUCGACUACAACUGUUGAGUUCUACAAUAUGAAGAAGUACACAGGCAACGUGACGGCUCAGCUGUGGGACGACAGCCUUCAUGGUGACAUCUCCUCUUUGGAGAUUUUGGAUCUAAGAGGAAACCAGGUGGAGUACUUUCCUCAAGGAUUCAUCCAGAAAAUGCCUGUCCUGUCCAGACUUCAAAUGUGCACGAACUGCCUGGAAACCUUAGAUCUCACAUCAGAGCAGUUCCCUGGCAGCUUGUAUGAGUUGGACAUUAGCAACAACAGGCUGAACCAGAUUGUAGCAGAUAGGGGUACGCUGAUCACUCUUGGUAAUCUGACGUACCUUAACCUUAGCCUUAACGCUCUCGAGGAGUUACCCUUGGGAUUUUUUUCCUCGUUGCCAAGCCUCAGGUCAGCGGAUCUCAGUUACAACAUCAUUGACAUUUGUCCUGCUGAGGAGGCUGAAACCAGUACAGACACUAGCUCUGGUUGCGCAGAUUGGACAAACAGUGUAUCUCUAACGCAGCUUUAUCUUAAAGGAUGCAACCUUCAAAGAAUUCCAUCGUCUGCAUUUGCUGGGUUGUCUUUAACGCACUUGGAACUGUCCGACAACCCUGGAGUCAUUGUCGAUGAAUCAAUACAAAGUCUCAGCAGAACGUUACAGCAUCUAGGUUUAGGAAACACUCACAUACAAGACUUUGACUUCUCCCAUUUCCAAAAUUUGAAGUAUUUAAACAUUUCACAGAACUCUCUUGCCCACCUCCCCCCUUCACUUCUAAAACUUGAACUGAAAGUGCUGGAUUUGAGGGACAACAGACUGUCCACUAUUCCCUCAGGUCACGUCAACGCAUUAGCCCCGAAACUGCACACUGUCUUCCUCACAGGAAAUCCGUUCAACUGCUGCCAAACCGAGUGGUUCAGGACAUUUGAAUCAACAAAGACAAUCAAUAUAGUCGGACAAUCAGACAUCGAGUGUGAGGAUCUCAUCCAAACGACACACAGAAUAGAGCACUCUCAGUCAUUUUUGUGUUUGGAGAUGGGCGGGGAAUCUGUACUCUGGUACAUUCUGCUUUUUUUACCCAUCUGUCUUUCAUUCGUGGGCAUUUCGGUUAUUGUUCUCCUCACAUUUAAGCCCUCAAUAAUACAAAAGUCAAUCAAAAAGAAGUGCUUGAAGCCGACGUCUUACUGAUACUUUAUAAACCCCAAACAACUGUGUACCGUAUGCUGUUGAGAAAUGUAACUGAAUGUAUGUUGGAAAUAAAGUCACUGUAAAAGUGUCAACGAUGAAGUGAAGUGCGGUUAAAAACCAGACAACAAUCCUGAUAACCUGAUGUAAAAAUGUGGCUGCAGUCUUGUGGGACUUGUGUGUGAGUGUGUUAGUGUGUGUGUGAACAUAUGCAGAAGUAGUUCGAUGCAAGCUGUUGCUAUAAGCAGCAGAGGAAACAUGAAAUUUCCUGUUUUGCUAAGAUGUGCAGCAACUGCCCAGUUCUGUAUCUCAAAGAGGAGGGCUCUGAGGUUUCCUUCCCAUCAGAGAAGCACAGAUGCAACAUAGACAUCAAAUUCCAGUGUGUCAGUGCUCCUGAGGAGCUGGUUUGGACCUUUCUAUUGAUACUUGCUCAUCUAUUUUGCCGUGCACUUGGCAGCAAUGCAAUAAAACACCGUUAAGUUCAAGCAUUUUUUUACAGAUAUUAUCAGAAACAUUGCAAAGCAACAGCGUCGUCUAGCACGGAGGGGAACAGCAAUGCAUUUCUCUACCUUUGUGUGUAUGUGGGUAGUUGCUCAGGAGUGGGAAGGCUGGUAUAUCAGUGUGUAGCUGUGCAGUGUGCUGGAGGCCUAACCAGAAAGUAACCAGAAUACCGCUGUGGUGAUGCUCAGGGUCAUGGUGGUUGGAACAUAAAAAGAGAAACCGGAGCGAAGCUGUGUCAAAGCCUAGAAACACUCUAAUUUUUACGCAUCUUUGAGGACAUUAGCUUAUCAGUCAGUCAGAGAGUCAAAACAUGUUUUCUGGUGUUCAUCUGCAGAGAAGGGAGGAUCAGUUAUGAGCAUGUACGUGGAUUCAACUCAGGGCAGCAGCUGACUAGAGAUAGAGAAACAGGUCUGUGUCAAGAAAUCAUCAUUUGCGGAAGGCACUUUGCAUCCGGUCACAGAUUGUUGACCAAGAGGAAUUUUAUUUGAUUACUCAGCUAUAUUAGGUCAAAAGUUAGAAGACAACUACGGGGCAUUCGCACAACAUGGCGGACAGACUUAACAUGGUGUAUAAAUGCAGAGAUGUGAUUGCACAAGCCACAAUCAGUGGUGGUCAGGGAAGCAAGCGUGACCACAGACAAACUAUACACAUGAUAGGACCGCCCAGCUAAGUUUGUGGCGUGCACAUAGCACAACAAACUUGGAAGCUUUUUUGAAUUUGCAAAACAGUUCGGCUGUGGUUAUUUGCUCCGUACUUGAACUACAUUACCAAAUAUACACCACAACACUCUGAGCAAGUGAUGUGGCAAAAGUGAAACAGGCUUUUUUUCUUUCAAGUAGUGGUCACAGUUUCUCACAGAUAAAUACACAUGUGAACGGAGAAGUGAAAUGUGACCUGAAAUGAUCAAAUGAGGUUCUUUUUGGGUGCGAUCUGACAGCAGGUGAGCACUGUGGUACCUUUGAGCUAGAUCUAUGUACAAUCUAGAUACAGCAUAUCCGGGUACAUUAUACCACAAGUGGUCAGGGUGACUAAAUGUGUUCCUGGUUGCACUGAGCGGUGCCAUGACAACCAAUUCUACUGUUGAUUAUGAACUGUAUCUUCUAAAUAUGAUUCUGGGAAACAUCUAGCGUUGGUUCACCAGGUUGAGUGUAAACCGUAGAAAAGGUGUAUGUAUGUAUGUAAUUGGUCUUAUCUGUGAUGUCACUGAGGCGCCAUUUUGGAGGUAUAGCUACAGUGACUGGUACAGUAAACAACACAAAUAAGUAAGUUAUCCAACCUAUUAAACUGUCAAUCUGGAGAAACAGAAACACAAA